AUGUCAAAGUUCACUCGCCGAAGACGCUAUGCCAAUAAGGAUACUUGGCUGCGGGUGCUACACGUUGUGCUUUGCCUUACCUUGCACAUCUGCAACAUAAAUACUCUGGCACAUCCCAGUCCAGCACAGGAACAUGAUAUGCUGAUAUUGGAUGCGCUGUCGAGACGCAGCAGCGGCGGUGGUGGCUACUACAGCGAGGAUUCAGUCAUGGAUAUGCUGGCGAGAAGUAGUUUAAACAGCAACAGCAACAGCAACAGCAACAGCGGUAGCUUCAACACCAACACAGCAACCAAUUUCGCCACCGGUGAAGCUACAAUUCAAUAUCGACCGUUAUAUGGUGACGCCAAUCAAGCGCCAGUUGUUAAUGUAGUUAGCAAUGCGCUCACCGAGUACAAGCGCCUGACAGGCAGUGGCAUUAGCGGCACUGGUGGCGCCGGGGUAUUGCCCAAGCGUGUGAUGCUGAAAAGACGCAACGAUAAUGAUGUCUUCGUCAAGCCUGAAUGCGGCUUGCCGCGUGCCACUCAGCGCACUCUGCAAAAGCGCAUCAUUGGCGGAAGAUCGGCGAAUUUCGCUGAAUAUCCAUGGCAGGCGCAUAUACGCAUUGCGGAAUUCCAGUGUGGCGGUGUGUUGGUGUCGCAUAAUAUUGUCGCUACGGCAGCGCAUUGCAUACAACAGGCGCGCCUGCAGGACAUCUCCGUCUAUUUGGGUGAAUUGGAUACACAGAAUUUGGGUCAUAUACACGAGCCACUGCCGGUGGAGAAACAUAAUGUUAUACUGAAGAUUGUACAUCCGCGUUUUCAAUUUCGCAUGACACAGCCGGAUCGCUUCGAUGUGGCGCUGCUAAAGCUGGCCAAGCCGACGGGAUUUAGUGAACACAUUCUUCCAAUUUGCUUGCCAUUAUUUCCGAUUGCUUUAAUUGGACGGAAAGGUCUAAUUGCCGGUUGGGGCAAGACAGAAGCAAGUAUGGGCCAUGCUGGUACCAAUAUGUUGCAAGUAGCCACGGUACCCAUAAUAACGGCCUUUGAUUGCUUACGCUGGCACGAAAGUAAACGCAUCAAUGUGGAACUCUAUGGCGAAAUGUUUUGUGCGGGCCACUCGGAUGGGCAUCAGGAUGCGUGCUUGGGCGAUUCUGGUGGGCCACUAAUUGUGAAAGAGCGUGGUCGUUUCAUUUUGGUUGGCAUCACUAGCGCCGGUUUUGGUUGCGGCGUCGAUCAUCAGCCGGGCAUUUAUCACAAUAUACAAACUACAGCCAAAUGGAUACAGGAGAUGGUGGCGCGGCAUGCUUGAGCAAGCACCAGUGGCACGCAGACAAU